AUGCAGCUUUAUGCAGCUCUGAUCCUGAGUGUGACUCUGUCUGCAGUAUGUGGAUUAAGAUGCUACACAUGCACAGCUGCCGAUCCUAAAUCCUGCACAGACACCAAAGCUUGUGCUUUGCCCUUCGACCGUUGUUACUCUGUCAAAGUAGCAGCUCUUACUGUAGUUACAAAGGGCUGCCAAACCAGUGGAUUAUGUGUUAAGCCUAUGUCUUGCUGUGAAGGGGACCUGUGUAACAGCGCUAUUCCAACUGGUCCCAGUGCCAUCGUUUUGCUGGUAUCUUCAGCCAUCCUCAAAUUUCUUAACUGCCAAAACAGUGCAACAUGUGUUGGCUCUAUAUCUUGCAGUGAAGGGGACCUGUGUAACAGCACUAUUUCAACUGGUCCCAGUGCCAUCCUGGGGCUGGUAUCUUCAGCCAUCCUCAAAUUUCUUUUCUGA